GAAUGAUAAUGGCGGGUGUCUGCAUUUUAACGUAAAAUUCUUUCUGCAAAAACUAUCAAAUAUCGCCCCAAAAAACCCACAUUUGGGUAGAUUUGAUUUUAUCACGCUUUAUUUAUUUUCAUCCAUGUGAUGCAAGAGAAAACAUACCUUAAAGUCGUCCUUCUGGGCAAAGUUAACAGCGGUAAAACAUGUCUUGUGACUCGGUACAUAACAAGAGCCUUCAGUGAGGAGACGCCGUCUACUAUUGGAGCAGCUUUUUGUAGGAAGGACCUUUACAUUCAAGGGAAAAACCUUUCACUUGCAAUAUGGGAUACGGCUGGUGCUGAGCGAUACCAGGCAAUGAGUGCAAUGUACUACAGAAGUGCAAGAGCUGCAAUCAUUUGCUAUGAUCUCACAGACGCUGGAAGUUUUGAUAAAGCAAAGUUCUGGGUUGAUCAGUUAAAAGAAGCAGAGCCUGAAUGUAGGAUUUAUUUAUGUGGAACAAAACUCGACUUGAUAGAAGAAGCUAUUGCCCCAAGAGAGGUUCAAACCAGAGCAGUUUCAAACUAUAGUAGAGAUAUGGGUGGAGAUGCUUUUGAGACAUCAAGUAAAAGAGGAACAAAUGUUGAUAAAGUGUUUGAAAAAAUUGCAGAAGAUUUUAUGAGAUUAAAUAAAAUGACAGCACAAGGUAAAGGCGAUGUACAAUUGGAUCAAGGAUCCAGAGGAAAGUUUGGCUGCUGUCCUUAAUGUAUCCUACAAUAAAUCCAAAUAGUAUACAAGAUGUAGGAAUAACAUUCCUGUUUCUACUUAAAAAAUAUAUAUAUCAAUUUCACUGCCCAAACAGCCCUUCAUUAGGUAAGCAGGGUUAAGCUAUGGGAGCAAGAAAAUUUGCGAAAGCAUAUUUGAUUAAUCUGUAGAAUGUGAAGUGAUUUUCUUGGAAGAGAUUGCUGAAGAGGAAGUGGGUUUAAAAUCUAUCUAGCACUAAUGAGCAUGGAAUAACUUGGUAAUAAUGAUUGAGGAGAAAACCUCAAACUUAUUGGUUUUCAAAAUAACAAAUACCAACCACCGCAGGAAUGCAGAGCAUUUCAUGCAUUCAUUUCACACCUAAAAGAGGAUGAUAACAUUGUGCACAUACUAGUCUUGUUUUAUGGCUAUUUUUGCGGUGAAAGAAGACAUGAAUUUUUAGCUAUUGGCAUGAAAAAAUUAACAAAUUAAUUCAUCAAAAGGUUGAUGUGUGUAUCACUAAAUCUGGGAAAGUAAGACACUAUCCUCGAGAUGCAGGAUUUGUUGUGCAAAGCUGUACAAUAUAUUCUGUGAACAAACCACCCACCCUUCCUCCCACAUGGAGAAAGUUCUACUCUUUAUUUUCUCUAUGGAGUUGGGGGGAGGGGGGGGGGGGAGAUAGGAGAAUCAUACCCUCAGGGCCCAGUUGUACGAAGGGUGGAUAGCGCUAUCCAAUGGAUAAAUCUUAUCCAGUGGAUAAAGUGAUGCUGUUAUCCAAUAAUAAAUUUAUCCACUGCAAUCCACCCUUAAUACGACCAGGCCCAGGACUAAAGAUAAUGGCUGGUCAACUGCCUGACAUGAUGAUCAGUCAUGCCUGAUUUAUCAACAUGUGACCAGUCAAUUAACCAGUUAAGAGAACUGGCCUUAGAGCAUUUGUACAGACAAGUGCCAAUAGAUUCUUUUCAAAUCAGCCAAAUACAGCUGUGUUUCUUGAUUACAGACUCAUUUACUCAGGCUUAGCCUCAUUAUGCAACUUCAACCAUACAAACACUUUGAAAUUCUGCAAACCUUCACUGGAAUACAUACUAGAUAUUCAAAAAAAAAAAUGUGAUAGGAAAUCAAAGCUAACCCUGAGCAACUGAUAACUUGAAACUGCAGUAUUUAUCCACCUUAUAUAUGAUCCAGAGGAAUUAUUAUUUAAACUCACUUCCAGUGUUCAUGAUAAUGCUGGAUUUGGCAUUUCAAAUCCAAUCUCUGGUGACAACUUGUAUGGAACUAGUACAAUAUAUAUAGCCCACUUCCAAGAUGUGCUUCGCUUGUCACACACAAAGGAUUCAUCACGAGGCUUCAAGCAUAAUGCUCAGUGAUUCGUGAUUUGCAAAGCGUAUAUCAGAAGUUGUCACGUCUCGCUCACUCCCCAAAGUAGCAGCUGCUUCAUUCCAUUCCCUUAAAUUACCCAAUCACUACUUAGGGGAGUGAGCAUGGCAUGACGACAGUAAUACCUUCUGCAUAGGAGAAUACUCAGAAGUGUGCUAUUCCAAUUCACUAAAAGCUGAUUUUGCUUCCCAUUUUCAAAACUCUUACGAUUUUCAGUCUCUGUAAAUGAUUGUUCUUACAUUUAAGUAAAAAGAGAUCCAGGCAUGUCCUUUACUGGCAAACUGCAAAAAAUAGAUGGCACGAUACAUUUUAAAACAAAACAUAUGACAAAUUGAUCAGAUGAUUACGAUAUAUAAGAUAUUGUGAGGUAUAUAUAGAAAGGUUGAAUAUAGUGUAGUAUAGAAGAUAGGUUUUAUGAGUUUCUUAGAGGUAGGUGCUUUGUUGACAUUGUUGACUUAUUCAAAGCCUGAAUAAAUUUUUUAUGUGUUUAC